AGGCUUUUGAGCGGAGACUGGAUGAGCAGCGCGGCGGUUGAGAUCGGACGGGCCGAGCGGCUCGUCUUCGACGCGCGAUGCGAGCGCAGGGCCUUCGAUCUGCACUGUUUGGCAUUGGAAGCGCGUCUUCGCGCAGUACGGGCACGGCAAGCCGAUACCGUCCGAACGAACGCCGUCUUUCUCGCUGCAAAGCUUGAUGAAAAGGCCGAGAACAACGCCAGUAAACAAAGAGAACUUCAAGAGCGAGAAGAGGCUGCCGAGCGUCACCGUCAGAUCGAGGCCCGACGCUUAGCCGACCAAGAAGCAAAGCGCACAACCGACCAGGAAGCAAAGCGCGCAGCCGACCAGGAAGCAAAGCGCACCGCCGAUCAAGAAGCAAAGCGCGCAGCCGAAGAAGCUGCGCGCCAGCGACUGCGCGACGUGCAGCAGGCUGAAGCAGCCAAGCAUGCCGAACAAAGUGCAAAGACGGCAACAAAAUCCAAGGCUGUUGCGCCCCAGCAGCCCGUGCCGAUGCCAGUCGACAACGAGCCCGAGGUGGACUUUGGCGGUGGCGCCGACUGGGAUGACAACGAUGACCCGUAUCGCCAAUACAGCCCGCCACCCAGUCCUGCUCGCGAGCCUGUCGCCUCGAUAAAGUCGUCGAAGGGCCGAAAGAAGACAACAAAGACGUCCAGGGCACCGUUGGCUGACGCGGUUGCACCGACGAACGAUGGGCCAAAGAAGGCAAGGAAGAAGGCGCUGCCCGAAGCCUUGUCUCCAAACGCGUCCAAACGCGAUGUGCCUGCAAAGAAGGCGAGCAAGGGCAAGAAGGCCCUGACAGUACUCGACGAGAGUGUGGAUGACGAUGACGUUGUCUCCCCGCUCAAGAAUGUCCCAACAAAGCAGCGCAAGUUGAAGGAGUCUGCACCUGUAGCGAAGGUCCUCUCGCCGAUGGACAAGCCGAGCAGCUUUUUUGACCGUCUCGCAAAGAAGAUGGCCGAGAAGGUCGGACCGCUCUCGCCAGCGUCGUCUGCAGCCCACCCUACCGAGCUCAAGGUGAAGAAACGUAAAGCGGUAACUACCGACACAGUGCCGGCUGGCGACGAUGUCGAGGCAAGCAAAAAAACCAAGAAGGCAAAGACCAGCGCCGCCGCACCAGCCAAGAAAACCCAAAAGAAGGCCAAGGCCAGCGAGGACAAGAAGCCGUCGAAGAAGCGCAAGGCGGUCGAUACAGCUGCAGAAGACGCCAUUCCAUCACCAGUCCGCAACCUCAAGCCGAAGGUCGCGACCAAGUACGAGGUGCCGUCGCGUGGCGUGGAUGCCACGUCCACCAAGACGUCACUCUUCGCCUCGUUUAUGAGCCGCAGCAAGACUGACGCUGCACCAGUGCGCCUUCCGGUGCCUCGGGAUGACGAUGCGGCUGCAUCGGCGCACGCUACAAAUGGACCCAAGAAGGCUGUGUGGCAAAAACUCGCCAAGGUUCCAGUGGAGAAAAAAGCCCAGAAGCCCAAGCCUCCGAAAGCGCAGAAGACGUCAGCCAAAGCGCCGCCCAAGCCCGUGGCCGCCGACGCCCCGCCCAAGCCGUCGCUCUUUGCUUCGUUUAUCAACAAGGCUAGUGCCGCGAUUCCGCAACUAAAGAAACCGAGUACAAACUAAAGACGUUUUGCGGCGA